AUGAGAUAUAGAGAAUAUUCUUGGAAAAAGCAUGUAGGAUAUGACCUUGGAUUUGAAUUAGAAUUGGAGACAAUAGCUGAAAACGAAAAGGAAGCUCCUAAGAAGAAGCAUCGAGGGCCAACAAAGCUUACACAAGUUCAUGCGCGUACAAGAGAAGAACGCCAAUAUAUUAUUCUGAACUUGUUUGGCCAACCAGUAGGACCUACAAAGGAAAUUUUUGAAGAGUUUAAGUUUUUCCUCGGAACUUUGGGGAAGGAUUCUGAGCUUGCGCCACUUAAUUAUGUCAAUUUUCGAGGUCUGCCCACACAUGACAAAAUAUGGGAUUAUGUUUUGGAAAAAUAUAUAGUUCCUGAAGCCGGAAGAAAAUAUGCAAAGGAGGCUGUCAAUACAAGUUGGCGUAGUUAUAAAUGCAGAUUUAAGAAGAAUCAUUUCUAUGCAUAUGCCACUGAUGAGUUAAGAUGGGAGAAUAAACCAGACACUAUUUCAGUACCUCAGUUUCAAGACCUCUUGAAUUACUGGAAAUGUGAAAAAGUUGAGGAAGAAAGUAAGACCAACAGAGAAAAUCGUUUGUUGUUAAAUGAUAUGCACACGAUGGGCCGUAAGGGGUUUGCAAUUUUACGUCAUGAAUUGCAAGAGCAGGACCCGGAUAAGCAAGAACCUUCUCAAGCAAAGGUCUACAAAGAAUCAAGGAAAAGAGUUACAGGGAGAACAUACCUUACCAACCCUGAGAAAAUCGAAGAGAAUAUUGUAAGUUAA